CAAAAAAUUCCCCUGGUAUAUUGAGACUGUUGCAGCGGCAGUUGAAAAAAUUCGAUUUUAUAGAAAUAAGAUUUUACACCUGACGGAAACAUCUGCUGAAAUAAAAGAAGAUGAUUUCUUAAAUUAUUGGAGGGACUUUAAAACCGUAUGUGAAACGAUGGAUGAUAUUCUUAGGACCGGGAAUUAUGUUAAGAAUUUAGAACACCUAAGACGAUGUGCAAUUGGCAAUGAUAUGCAUGAAGUUUGUCAAAAUAAUCCACUUGAGGCAACUCUACGGUAUCCUGAAUUAUUUUCGAGAGAAAUGACCAAAAAGCGACUCAUAAUUGACAAAUGGACAGAAGAGAGAAGAAAAUUCUAUCCGACAAGAGCCUUCAAAGAAGUUGAAAGAAAAUUAAAGAUGGCAGUUACAGUGACAGUUUCUGGAAAUUCGGGCUGCGGUAAGUCUGCCUUGGCACAACAAGUUGCGAUUUCGUACUUAACGAAUGGAUGGCAAGUAAUACCUGUAACUGAUGUAGCAGAUAUCGCUACUUUCGCUGACAUUAGAGUUGCCGAUAAACUAUUUUUUGUAAUAGACGAUCCAAUUGGAAGAGAGGGGAUUGAUGAGCAAUUCAUAAGAAAUUGGAGAACUUAUGAGCCAUUGUUCGAUCCAUUACAGGAAUCAGACUAUAUAAAGAUCUUGAUAACAUGCCGAACGUCGGUACUCAGACAGCAUCAGGAAUUUAGGUUACUACAUAAAAAUGUCGUCAUUAUUGAUGAUGGUAGCUUGUCACUUUCUAUCCAUGAGAAAGAUAGUAUUUUGCAUCUCCACUACCCUAAAAGCAAUAACCUAUCGAAGACAGAACUAAAUCAAAUUCUUGAGACCAAUGAUUACUUUCCUCUUCUUUGUUUUCUCUUUGGGUCAAAUAAAAAAUAUCAGAGCAUAGGAAGUAAAUUUUUCGUGCUGCCCUCAAUCGUUAUUGAAGAUGAAAUAACUUAUUACAAAUUUCACAAUAGAUGGAAAUACUGUACAUUAGUUCUUCUCUUUACACAAGGGGGGAUAAUGAACAAAAGGUCAUUCAUCAACAAUGCUAACGUUUACGAUUAUGAAACAAUUUGCGAUGUUUGCGGACUGAGUCAAGAAAAUAAGUCUUUUCGAACUUCCAACAUAAUGGAACAAAUGCAAAAUCUAAACGGCUCGUUACUAACAAUGGAUGGCGAAAAUAUUCGUUUUCGGUACAAUUUCAUAAUGAAUAUAAUGGCAUAUAUUUUUGGGAACGAUAAUCCAGAGAAUUUUAUCAGAUUUUCCCCAGUUCAAUUUCUCCGAAAAAUGGAUGUUGUAGGAGAUACUAUCCAUGUCACAGGGCUGCCUUAUCUAACCUUGAAUUUAUCUGACUGCGCAAGUUUUUUAUGUGAAAGAUUUUUCAGCGAUAUACAAAAGAAUCUAGUAGAAAUAUGCGUCUGCUCUUUGUAUCAAAAUGAAAAAAUUCAAAAAAUCAUCGUGGAAGGAAUUGAAAUGCUUUCAGGCGAAAAAUUAAAAGACCUGUUUCUUAAACCACCAAUGAAGAGAUCUUUCACUGUGUAUUCCUAUAUUUCAAGCAUUUUUCACAGAGCAUCACAGUGUAAAGAGUUGAUGCUGCUUGCUGCUUGCAUUACACACGAUGAGUUCAUUGAGGACGAAAUAGGCAAUGAAUUGAGAUUAGUACUCCAAAGAUAUAAGGAAUUUAUGAACGGUCUAGACGAAUUUACAAGACAAAAAAUAGAAGACCUCAUUUCAAAUUACUUUGAAGAAGUUUCACAAAGUAUUGAUUCCUUAGUGACAUUCUAUGCAUCAUCUAAGGACGAUGAAGACAAUCACAGUGUAUCUUCAACAUUUUCUAAUGACACUUAUCACAGCGAUAUAUCCUCGAAUUCUGCUGACAAUGAAUAUAGUGAUCAUUGCGAUAUAUCCUGGAAUUCUGAUGACAAUGAAUAUAGUGAUUAUGGCGAUAUAUCCUGGAAUUCUGAUGACAAUGAAUAUAGUGAUCACGGCGAUAUAUCGUGUAAUUGCGUACAACUCUUUCAAUCCCUGUAUAGCUCCAUAGAUGAAGAGACGAUCGCUUGUUUGGAAAACUCAUUUCAUAAGCUGAUUCGAAAUAUAGUAGAAUCAGUGCCCCCGAAUCUUCGCGAGAAGACAAAUAAUUUUGUUCUGGACAUAAUAAAAAAGAUGUCUUGCAUUUUUGUGAUGAUCAUAGAAAAAUACAAUCUUAUUUCUUCGGAGGAAGUUGAAACCAUGAAAAGAACUCAUUCUUCUACAGUUUUGUAUUCAUCAAUGUUGAUACAUCCUGACAAUGCAAAUUUAACUAGAACAAUUCUAUCAUUUCUUAAUAAUCCAGGAAUUUCACGUUAUUUCACAUAUCCGAGUGCAGCGCAAUUAAAAUUGCUUACUGACCUUUUACAUGAUGCAACACUAGGAUCUUUGCAGUUCAAAUUGGAAUUAGCGAUUUACGCAUAUGAUAUAUCUCCAUUGGCAUGCAUAUUAAUGUUUGAUCAUAAUGAAAUAUUUUUAGCAAUAUUUCAUAGUCUACUUAAAAUGAACGUUGAAAAGGAAACGCUUCGUUCUCAGAAUAUUUUCAUUGCCGCUUGUGCCAAUGGAAAUAUAGAUAUCGUAAAACAAAUAACUUGGGCACUUGGACACAGUGUCAUAAAUUCAAAGUGGCAUUGUCUACAAACAGAUUUUCAUGCAUUGCAUGUAGCAGCGGCUCUGCAUCAUGACCAUGUCACAGAAUAUUUGUUAAAAACAGGAGUGUCUGUAAAUACAACUGAUUUCCAUGGUAAUACACCAUUGCAUGCAGCAAUAAGUAAUAUGCAAGUUUUACUAUCUCAACAACAGAUUACACGUUCAUGGCGUACAAUUAAGUUGUUACGAAAGUUUCAUGCCAACAUUUAUAUUCAAAACAAUGCUGGAUUUUUACCACUCCAUUAUGCAUGUUUAAGUAAUUACGUUUAUGUAGUACAGUUUGUUCUUGAUAAGAUGAAGAUAAACACUAAAACGUCUUUUGACGAUAGCCCUCUUUUAUUGGCCACAAGAAGUAGAUGUAUAGAUGUCGUUGAAUUUCUAUUGCUCAAUGGAGCAUGUGUCGACCAAUCUAAUAAUAUAGGAUGUACUCCCCUGCAUGAAGCAGCCAAAAAUGGUUGUAUGAAGAUAACAGAGAUUCUUUUAAGAUCAAAUUGUAACCUUAAUAUCAAGGAUGUAUCAGGAAAAAUACCUGUUGUUUUUGCGGUAUUGCAUGGGCACGUUGAGGUUGUCAGACGUUUGAUUGAAAACAGACAAACUAUUGAACAAUGUGACAAAAGCGGGGAUGAUGCGCUUGCCCAUGCAUCGUAUGGGGGUAAUCUAGAUAUUGUAAAAUUGCUUCUGGGGAACAAUGCUGACGUUAACCAUACUAAUUGCAAUAAAGAUACACCUUUGUGUCAUGCAGCUAUAAAAGGACACGUCAGAAUUGCAGAAGAACUUAUUCAGUGCGGUGCAAAUAAAAAUCACCGUAAUGCAAAUGGAGAAACCCCUUUAAUUCUAGCGUCCAUACAUGGACAAACCGAGGUCGUAAAGUUUCUUUUAGAGAAAGGUGUCGAUAUUAACUGUCAGGACAAGAAAAAAAGAAGUCCUUUAUGGGUAUCCUGCUAUAAAGGUCAUAGUGAGGUAACGGCAGUUCUGAUUGCACAUAAAUCCAAAAGUGAGCUAUGUGACGAAUCAAAUGUCAGUCCUUUAUUUAUUGCUGCGGAAUACGGUAAUCUUGGGUCUCUCCUCCAACUUCUGCAACAAAGAGACCCGGUUAAUCUACGAAACUUGGAAGGUAAAACUGUUCUUAUGAUAGCAUGCGAAAAGGGACACAUAGAGAUUGUAUGUAUAUUAUUAGAUUAUGGGGCAGAUUUAGAACUUUCUGAUAAAAAUGGUCGCACUGCACUGUGGUAUGCUUCUCAAGGUGGUUUUCUUCCAAUCAUUCAGGUAUUAUUAGACAACGGAGCUGAUAUCAAUAAGGUUGGCGAAGAUAGGAUGGGUCCACUUCACAUUGCUACAGAACAUGGUCAUGUGAACACAGUAUUAUUACUACUAAAACACAAUGCAAAUACUGAUCUUCGUAAUAAAAGAAAUAUGGAUCCGUUUACCAUAGCAUGUGAAAAAGGACAUGUUUCAGUCGUUAAAUUGUAUAAGGAUUACGGUCUAAACGUCAACAGGCAAGGAUUUAGUUACAAUUCACCCCUUUUUGUUGCUGUUCAAAGGGAACGAGAAGAUGUAGUCAAGCUUUUGCUUGAAAUGGGAGCUAAUGCUCGAAUGUCUGAUGAAGACGAAAAUACUGCAUUGCAUCAUGCAGCAGAUCGAGGUAAUGUACAUCUGGUUGAUAUUCUUUCGCAAAAUGCAGUCCUCAUUGACUUUCAAAACCAAUAUGAUGAAACCGCUCUUUACAUCUCUUGUAAAAAAGGUCAUUAUAAAACUGUUCAGUGGCUAUUAAAAAGAAAUGCUGAUAUCAAUAUAAGAAAUCAUGACGGAUACACUCCAUUAAUUGUUGCAGCAGAACAUGGACAUAAUAAAACUAUAUCAAUUCUUAUAGAGAAUAAUGCAAAUAUUAACGAAAAAGACAGGAAUGGACAAAAUCCUUUAGUUCAUGCUGUUCGCGAAAGACUCCUUAGCACUGUUCUUUACUUAGUAAAGCUGGCUGACAUCAAUGCUAAGGAUUCCUUUGGACGAAGUUCGUUAUGGUAUGCCAUUGAAAAUAGAGAUUUUGAUAUAUCUACCGCCCUAAUUAAAAGGGGUGCUUUUAUUAAUCAACAAGACAAUUCAGGUCUAACUCCACUACAUGCAGCCUGUGCCGCAGGGCAUGUAGAUGCAGUAUCAUUUUUGUUAGAAAGAGGUGCUGACGUAAAUUGUAUUGAUUUUAAAAUGCGAACGCCACUUUGGAUCUCUUCUCAUACUUUACAAAGAGAUAUCUCCGAAACGUUGCUUCACUCAAAUGCAGAUCCUAAUUUAUGUGAUUAUAAAGGUGAUACUCCGGUUCUUAUUGCUGCAAAACGAAAUGGCCCAUCUGUUUUAAAGCUUCUUUUGUGCAAUAUAGAUAUAAAUCAUCAAAACAUUGAAAAACAAACAGUGUUGAUGUUUGUAUCGCAGUUUGGACAUUUAGAGCUAACUGAAGAGUUGAUUGCCCUAAAAGCAAAUGUAAAUGCGCAAGAUGUUCAUGGUUUUUCUUCCCUAAUAUUUGCGGCCAAAAAUGGUCACAUUGAUGUAGUUAGAAUUUUAGUAGAAAGUUGUGCAGAUAUUAACACAAAAGAUGCCGAACAAAGAGAUGCUUUAUAUUAUGCAUGUCAAAAAGGUCAUAUAGAAGUAGCACAGUUUCUUAUGGAAAAAAUCUUGAAAUUUUAUGUCCACAAAUCCUUAGAUUCUUCAUCUCUGCACAAAAACAGGUUUUAUAAAGGUUCAUUGAGAAGUGGCCUGUCUGAACCAGAAUUUGAAGAAUAUAAAAGAACUCUUUUUUUAACUGCAGUAGAAAAUGAAAGUGUUAAUGUUGUCACAUUAUUAUUGAAAAAUGGGAGUGAUAUCAACUUUAAAGACUCGUGUAACCAAACACCUCUCAUUAUUGCUUCGAAAAAAGGUCAUUAUACUACUGCUAAGAUUUUGAUUGAGAUGGGAUCAAUUGUAGAUACUGUUGAUGAUAACGGUCGAUCUCCUCUUUGGUAUGCUUCGGCUUAUGGAUUUAUUGAAAUUGUAAAACUGCUUCUGCAAAACCAUGCAAAUAUUAACCAGCCUGAUGAACAUCAAAUAAGUCCUCUUCAUAUUGCUGUCAAGAACAAUCACAUACUCAUAUUUGAACACCUGUUACAAAACAAAGCAUGUGAAAAUUUUGCAAAUGCAGCUGAUUUUAAUGAAUCAAAUGUAAACACUUUAUUCAUGGCUAUUGUGUGGGGAAACUUUGAUGUGAUAAAAAUGAUAAUUAAUUCCGGAUGUGACGUAAAUAUUCACAACUGCAAUCAUGUCAGUGCAAUUAUCUUAGCUGCUAGUGAGGGGAAUUCUAAAAUAGUUCAACUUUUGAUUGACAGCGGAGCUAAUGCAAAUGAUUACGAUAAUAAUGGUAGAACCCCGUUAUGGUACGCCUCGGCGAAUGACUUCGUAAAUACUGUGAAUACUCUUCUUCAAAACAAAGCAGAUCCUAAUAUUUCGGAUAUCAACGGACUGAAUCCUUUAUAUAUUGCAACAGUUCGAGGUUGCUCAGCAGUUGUUAACACAUUAUUAACACAAGGUGCUCAUUUCGUUUACCAUAAAUAUAUUGAACAAAGCUUAUUAUGGAUUUCGGUAGCAAUGAACCACGUAAAAACUUAUAAAGUCAUUCUUGCUCAAACUGGAAAUUACUAUUGUAAAAAAAGUAUGAGUGAAUUAUUUCUUUUAGCAUCAUUUUGUGGAUAUGAAAAGUUUAUAGAGAUGUUUUUGGAGGAAGGAAUUUCAGUCAACUGUGUUAAUAAAGGGUUUGAAACCCCUCUUCACUUGGCUAUAAGUAAGGGCCACACCAAUAUUGCAAAACUCCUUAUUGAAAAAGGGGCUGAAGUAAACUCAAAAGAUAUUGGUGGGCGAACAGCAUUGUGGUAUGCAUCAAAGAAAGGACUUCUCGAUAUUCUAAGAUUGCUCUUAAAGAACUCUGGUGAUGUCAAUGAAUCAGAUAUUAAUGCCAUAUUACCUGUUGAUAUUGCUAAACAAUACCGACAGAAUCAUGCCUUACAAAUGCUUUUGGCAUAUGGGGAGAAUUGAUUUCUUUUUAGUCAUUCAAUGUUCUUUUAAAACUGUCUGUCUAGUGUUGUUAUAAUAGCCGUGUUUUGUGUUAUGUUCGAACAUUAAUUUCCCCCCUUUAUUCUCUCUGAUCACAUAAUUUUAGGAAACAAGAUUACUUCCGCUUUACAUGUGUGCAUGAGCUAUGCUUGAAAACGUCUUUUAUGUGUGUUAUAUAAUGUGAAGAUGGAGUAAUAAUAGUGAGUGUAUUUAAUAUACGUUUAUUUGAAAUAUCAAGGGUUCUCCUCUCAGAGAUAAACCUGUUUUUUUUCUUUAUCCAGAGAUAUUGGCAUUAAUAAUAAUAACGUUAAACAUU